UUCUUAAGUCCUAUAUUUGGACUUAAAACCAGGUUCUUAAGUCCCAAACUUAAGGACCUGGUCCUAAGUCCAAAUAUAGAACUUAAGGAGCUGGUCCUAAGUCCCAGACUUAAGAACCUAGUUCUAAGUCCCAGACUUAAAGACCUGGUUCUAAGUCCCGGACUUAAGAACCUGGUUCUAAGUCCCGAACUUAAGAGCAUAGCUCUAAGUCCCAGACUUAAGGACCUUGUUCUAAGUCCUGGACUUAAGAACCUAGUUCUAAGUCUCGGACUUAAGGGCCUAGUUCAUAAGUCCAAAUCUAGGACUUUAGAAGAUACAAUAAAUGUUCCAAGCAUUUCGGGAAAAUACUUACCAACAGAAAACAAACUU